AUGAGCACACCACAGCGAUACCGUGCAGCCUGCGAGGCGUGUCGUUAUUCCAAGGUUCGCUGUUCUGGUGGCAUGGUUUGUGAUCGUUGCAGUGAGCGCAACUUCCAAUGCAGCUACGGCAUUGCACAUCGAGCGGGCAAGCCAAAAGGGAGCAAGAAAAAGGUGACCUUGAGAUUGGAAGCAGCUCGACGCAGGAUCGGAAAGCCGAGUGGUGAGUCAACACUUAAUACUUCUGGGCCUUCGUCGCAGGCAUACACGGUAUUUACUGGGCAUGAUUGCAAUCAUGCUUUUCCAAGCUCGAAUUCCUCCGCGUAUCCGCUACCUAUUCCCAUAGAGAAAGAGACAGAUAUGGGAUCUUACAAUACUCCUCUGGACUACAAAAACGAUGUCUCACCUGUGAUCGAGCGAAACCUGCAUUCAUCAGGUGACUACCAAAGUACCGCGUCCAAUAUACCGCCAUACUCGUCGACAUUGGAUAGACGCAGCUAUAUAGAUGGGCUUAAGGCGUAUCCACAACAGAACUAUGGUUUAUAUCAAGAUCCUUCGUUUAUCCCGUGGUAUUUCAUGACCUCUUUCAGACCCCCUGAAGCGACCCCAGGUGCUCAAGAGGGAGGAACUUAUCUAUUUCCCAUUUAUCCACCCCACAUGCUCGAUGACAUUUUCCCAUCUUAG